ACUGCGGGAUUAUCGUUUUAGCCGCGGAGUUGUCCCGCGAAGCAUGAAAACAAAUAGCAUUGUUGAUCAUUUUACGAUUAAAGCGAGCGUCUUUGUAUAGCAUCAAAAGCAUCAGAAGGGUUCUUUUACAACACAAGAAAACACAGAAAUGCCGGAAAUUAAGAUACAACAUGUAGUUUCGUGUAGCAGUGAGGAUAAAAACAACCCGGCAGAGAACCUGUUAAAACCUGAGGGCAAGGCCAAGUGGAAAAGUGCAGCCUCAGGUGAAAAGCAAGUGUCUGUGGUUCUACAGUUUGAGAAAUCUAGUCAAGUUCACCAGAUAGAUAUCGGCAACGAGGGAGCAGCUUUCAUUGAGGUCUUGGUGGGCAAGUCCACACAGACAUCUGACCAGGAUUACCAGGUGCUCCUGGUGGCCUCAAGUUUCCUCAGUCCUAUAGAGAGUAGAAAUGGCACCAACAUGAACAGAGUGAGGAUCUUCACUGCAGAUAAGCUGUCCAAGGCAGUGGUGGAACAGAAGUGGGACAGGGUCAAGGUCGUCUGUACACAGCCUUUCAAUAAGAAUAUACCUUAUGGUCUGUCAUUUAUCAAGUUCCAUUCUCCACCAGACAAAACAUCACAAAAUGCAACAAAUGAGGGUGGCUUGAAACUUGGUGCCUUCUCUCUGAAGACCACAGAUGAGGAUCAGUCGGUGUCAACUGGCAGUCUCUUUGCCAGCAGGAAACAAGAGCCAGAGCCACUCACUGGUGCCGCUGCAGUCAGGGCGGCCUCCAAACUCUCUUCAGAGCAGUUAGAAAGCAGAGAAAAAGAGAAGAAUGGACAAACUGUGACCCCAGCUAAGAGAAAACAUGAAGACUCUCACAGUGAUAAACCUUCAGUACCAACGAAAAAACCUGUUGUGAAAAAACCUGAGGCAGCAACAUCAAGGCGAAGAAAUUCAGACAGUGACACACCACCACCACCAAAGAAGAAGAAAACCCAACCUGCUGCUGUGAAAAAGCCCAAGCCAUUCAGAGAGUUGAUGAAGGGUGUGGUAUUUGUGAUGAGUGGCUAUCAGAACCCCCAGCGAGGAGAACUCCGGGAUAAAGCCAUAGAGAUGGGGGCCCAGUACAGACCAGACUGGGGGAGGGGGUGUACACACUUAAUAUGUGCUUUUUCCAAUACUCCAAAAUUCCAGCAGGUGGAUGGGAAGGGCUGUAUUGUCAGUCACCAGUGGAUCAAGGACAGUCACAGGAAUAAGAAACUGAUGAACUGGAAAGACUAUAAAGUGAGAGGGUCCAAAACUCCCCCUGGACUUCAAGAUGCAGGGAGCUCUGGAUCAGAAUACUCCCCAAGUGAGGAGGAGGAGGAAGAUGUUGAGGAGGAGGACGAAUGGGAACCUAAGAAAAAAACAAAACCACAACCUAAGCAGGUCACACCAAAGACAACCCAAUCUAAGAAGAAAAACGACAAGGAAGAGGAAGAAGAUGAGGAAGAGGAGGAGGAAUGGGAUCCAAAAAAGAGGACAAAAGCUCCAUCCAAGAAGGAGAGUCCAAGGAAGCCAAGCCCCGUGAAAGAUAGUAAACAAAAUGAAGAGGAGGAAGAUGAGGAUGAGGAGUGGGAUCCAAAGAAAAGAUCAAAACCUCAGCCUAAGAAGGUGGAAGCCUCCCCAAAGAAGAAGAUCCCUGAUCCCAGCCCAGUGAAACCUACCGCCUCCCCCAAACAUUCCAAUGACAGUGGAGAUGACACUGACGCCUAUGAUGCUGCCACUGACGUUGGCUCCGAUUCUGAAGAUACGGAAGAUGAAAUAAGAAGAAUAAAAGAGGAACAGUUGAGAGACAAAGGAGAAGGAAAGUCUUCUAGUAAAGAUGGUGGCUCAGGGGACUUGCCUGACCUGCCUGAUUUCUUCUCUGGAAAACAUUUCUUUUUGUAUGGAGACUUCUCUGCUACUGAAAGAAGGACAAUAUUCAGAUACAUAACAGCAUUUGAUGGAGAAUUGGAAGAUUACAUGGAUGACAAGGUGACCUUUGUGAUCACAAACUCCGACUGGGAUGAUAAAUUUGACCAGGCAUUAUCGGAAAACACCAAUUUGAUCUUUGUGAGGCCAAAGUGGAUCUUCGCCUGUCACGAUAAGAACAAGCUGUUGCCAUAUCAACCGUACAUUGUGGUUCCUGCAUCAUGAAAACUCUCAUGGCGAGAGUAGGGAUUUGCAAUAUUAACAGAUCUUAGUACUGGCUGUUGCCAUAUCCACCGUACAUUCUGGUUCCUAGGUCAUGAAAAAUGUCAUGGCGAGACCAGCGUUAUGCAACGUUAACAGAUCUUAAUACUGGCCCGAUUCCAGAGUAAAUUUGUUAUGUUACUGGUCAUGGUAUUACUCUCUACCAGGGCUGCAGAGAAAUUUUUUCACUAGAUUUGCAAAAAUAUUCUUCUGGCUGCUUCUGUGGACAUUGCUAUCCAGUCCAGCAAGAAUAUAUGAACAGAAUUUCAGAAAUUAUGCUGGGAUGAAAGCAGUCUGAUGAAAAGAGAAUUAUGUGAAAGAAACGCGGGCUGUGAAUUCAAUGUUCUAUCCUCCUGUAGGAAAUGGUCAAAAGUAUAAAGAUGAUUGAAAAUAUUUUUUUUUUUUCUAAAGAACCCUGCCACAUAGACAAUUAAAGAAAAGGGUAAAAGCCCAUUGCUUACAAGAUGUUUUACAAAAAAUAAUUAUGAACUAUUGUUUUUAUAAUGAUAACUUUUUUAUGUAGAAAUGGUGGACACCAUUGUGUAGUUACAUCUCUUAUUGUACUUUUUAUAGAGUCUGUUUAAUAUUUGUCACAAUA